UUGAUCACUCUCGCGCUCGCGGUUUCAACGCCUUCAGCUGGAGCGCUGCAGCGUGUGGCGUCACGCGCGCGCCGUCCACGAUCGAUAACGCGCGCACUCCUCCCCUCCACUGCGCUCGCGCUCCUUUCCAAACACACGCUCGCUCACUCGUCGCUCUCUGUCACUCACUCACACACACGCACGGUUGUCUCUCCUCGCGCGGACUAAGCCAGCCGUUUUUCUAGCUUCUCUUAAAGAAGGCCGCGAGCUUUAAAAACAAGAACAGUGGAAAAGAGGGAGGAAGAGCAAAAGAGCGAGACGGGAUCUAUUUUUGUUUUGACUCCGUUUUUUUUCCCCGCGCGAAAGGACAGCUGCGACCGACCGUUUGCCUUAUUUACCCCGGAGGCGCGCGCGCGGACAUGCAGCACGCGACACGGCGGCGGAGCCCGCGCUGGGCGGCCCGCGGGCUCUGCUGCGUGCUCGCCGCGCUCGCCGCGCUUUGGAGGCCGGGUGCAGCGUGCCCGGCGGCGUGCACGUGCGCGGGCUUCAGGCUAUCGUGCGCCGACCCGGAGCGCAGCCUCGUUGCGUUCCCCGCGCUCACCGAGCCCGAGAUGGAGAACAUCACAGACAUAUAUAUUGCUAAUCAGAGCACUUUCUCAUCUAUCAACGAAAAAGACCUGACCUUCUACCGCAACCUCAGAAAUCUGACAGUGACCAACACAAGGCUUACGUAUGUGUCGCGACAGGCCUUUCAAAACAAUCUCAAGUUGCAGUAUCUAAAUCUGAAAGACAACAAUCUGUCCUCUCUGUCCUGGAAGACGUUUCGCCAUCUGAACAUUUCCUACCUGAUGCUGUCGGGGAACCCACUGCAGUGCUCCUGUGAGAACAUGUGGAUGAAGCAGUGGAGAGGGGAGGAGGCCGAGGCUGAGCUGCUGUGUGUGGAGGAAGGAGGGAAGAGGAGGCCUCUGUCCAACCUCAAGCUGCCCCACUGCGUUGUUCCCAAGGUCACCCUAAACCCUCAAAAAGUGACUGUUCUUGAGGGCUCGAAUGUGACACUGACCUGUAACACUUCAGGAAUGCCAACACCUAACCUCACUUGGAACGCCUGCCAGCUGGCAUCCAGCUACGAGAUUGUGUCUACAGGACAAUCCUCCGAGCUCAGACUCUUCCAUCUCUCCUCACUGGACAACGAAUGUAAAAUCAGCUGCAGCUCCGACAACACAGCAGGAGGGAGUGAAGCUUCUGUUCAACUCGACGUUCUCUUCCCCCCAAUUAUCAGCAAGCUCAUGGAUGGCAUUCCGGAUCACCACUGGUGCAUCCCAUUCAGCGUAUCUGGCAACCCGCAGCCGGAGCUGCGCUGGCUGUUUCGUGGUGAGCCCAUAAAGGAGGGGGCCUUUAUCACCACCCGCAUCCACGACUACUCCGAGCAUGAGUACCAUGGCUGCCUGCAGCUGGACAGCCCUACACACAUCAACAACGGCGAGUACACACUGCUCGCCAGGAACGUUUACGGAGAGGACAGAAAGUCCAUAUUUGCCCACUUCAUGCACGACCCCUGGAACGAUACAACAGCUACGGAAUCAAUAUACUACGAUACAGACGACCCACCUGUUGGACCACCUGAGGAUCGAGUUGCUGUGUACGUGGUCGUGGGAAUCGCCGCCGUCACAUUCGCCGGCUUUGUGCUGAUGCUGGUCGUCCUGAAGUUUGGCCGCAACUCAAAGUUCGGAAUUAAAGGGCCAUCGUCGGUCAUUAGCAACGAUGACGACUCGGCUAGCCCUCUCCAUCACGUGUCGAAUGGCUCCAACACGCCUUCGUCCUCUGACAUGAACACAGACACCGUCAUCAUUGGUAUGACCAAAAUCCCCGUCAUCGAGAACCCCCAGUACUUCCGCAGCACCAGCAGCCUGCUCAAAUCAGACACCUUUGUCCAGCACAUUAAGAGGCACAACAUCGUCCUGAAGAGGGAGCUGGGUGAAGGAGCCUUUGGGAAAGUGUUCCUAGCUGAAUGUUAUAACCUCUCACCUGACCAGGAGAAAAUCCUUGUGGCUGUAAAGACCUUAAAGGAAGCCAGCGAGAAUGCACGUAAAGACUUCCAUCGUGAGGCCGAGCUGUUGACCAACCUGCAGCACGAGCACAUUGUCACCUUCUACGGCGUGUGCGUAGAGAGUGACCCCCUCAUCAUGGUAUUCGAGUACAUGAAGCAUGGAGACCUCAACAAGUUCCUCAGGGCUCAUGGUCCUGAUGCUGUGUUGAUGGCAGAUGGUCAGGUGCAGCAGCAGGCCGAGCUGACUCAGUCUCAGAUGCUGCACAUUGCUCAGCAGAUCGCAGCAGGGAUGGUCUAUCUGGCCUCGCAGCACUUCGUGCACAGAGAUCUGGCCACGAGGAACUGCCUGGUGGGCGAGAACCUGCUGGUGAAGAUUGGAGACUUUGGCAUGUCGCGCGACGUCUACAGUACAGAUUAUUACCGGGUGGGCGGUCACACUAUGUUGCCGAUCCGUUGGAUGCCUCCAGAAAGCAUCAUGUACAGGAAGUUCACCACCGAGAGCGAUGUCUGGAGUCUGGGAGUGGUGCUCUGGGAAAUAUUCACCUACGGGAAACAGCCCUGGUAUCAGCUCUCCAACAAUGAGGUGAUUGAGUGUAUCACUCAGGGUCGUGUACUGCAGCGGCCGCGUACCUGCCCCAAGGAGGUGUAUGACCUGAUGCUGGGCUGCUGGCAGCGAGAGCCUCACACUCGCCUCAACAUCAAAGAGAUCCACAACCUGCUGCUCAACCUGGCCAAGGCCUCGCCCGUCUACCUGGACAUCCUGGGCUGAGAGAGAGGCAGUGUGCCUAUCACUUCUCCACUUGGACGGAACGGAUACUCGCUGUGCAGUCGCAGUGUCGCUGUAAAUAUUGUCUGGUCUCGACGCGCAUAGUUUUUCCAGGACUUCAGGAACAGCACUGUCCAUCCUCCGGAACUGGAAAAAUAAAGUAACUGUAUAAUAUGUACCAUAACUGUGAGCGAUGGAGGAGUGCAGUCCUUUAUUCCUCCAUCUCAUCCUGCCUUUUCCCUUUCUGCCCAUGCUCAUACAUAAAAACAAAGAGUGCAACCAUAGCAUGGUGAUAUACGGCCACAUACGCAGACUUCUGAGGGAAAGAAUGGGACGAAUAGGGUUUCACAUUUUAGAGACUUUAAUGGAACUGUACGCAUUAGCUGUUGACCAAAUGUCAUGUGGCAAAUGGCAAGCCUGCUCACUACAGCACCAGGAGCCUUCAAGGCAGCCGUGUUCCUAAUAGCGCACUACUGAAGGGGAUAUUGAGUCAUUUGAGACGAGGCCAUGCCCAUGUUUCAAUACUGUUAGUGCGCAUUUAGGACAGGAGCCCAAUUACCCUGAGUGGCUGAUUAUGAUGGGGUAGGCUAAAUUAUGGCCUGCUUCUCUCCCUCUCUCCCUCUAUCUCUCUCUCUCUCUCUCUCUCUCUCUCUCUCUCUCUCUCUCUUCUGAUUUACCAUUCAGUUGAGGCAGUGAUGUAGUGCUCAAGCCAGGGGUUACGCAGCUGUUAUGGUGUAAUAUAUAUUUCAUUACAGUACUAAUGUCUGCUAUUAGCACCUAUUCCCCAAAGACCCACAUGGAAUGCAGAGGAGAGAAAAAAGGGACAAAAUGAAGAAAAACGAUGGAAAAUGGGAGUCUGAAAUGAUUUUCCAAAACACAGCCCGUUUAACAGUUUUAUUUAUUGUAUCCACAAACUCUCCCUUCGGCAAUGCACUUUUUAAUAACAACAAUAACCACAUGAAGUAACAAAGAACUCUUGAGACUUGAGACACAUAAAUUCUCUUUUUCCGCAUUUUUCCCUGCUUAGUUAUCUGAGUCAGUUGAUAUAAAUGUGCGCACCUACACAUGAACACAGUUGUAGUCAGACUGUGGUGUAAGUCACUAAAGACUUGUAAAGUUGUGUAAAAUUAGCUUUAGUCAGUUGUUUUUAUGUUUGAGCUGUUUUUGUUCCCUUUAU